AAGAUAGGUGGAUUAAUAAAGGAUAUUAGAGAGUACUUUGCUGCGAGGAAAUUUUUUAUUCUACGAAUAUUGAUGAUGGAGAAAAAUAAAGCUGAGCAAGUAAGGCUACCUAAGAUAAGGCUACUCCUCUUCCUCACAUCAUUCUUCCUAAAAUUAGUUGAGGAAAUAUAUUUUUCAUUAUUUUUUUAUUAUCUUAAUUAUUAAAAAAAUACAUAUUAAAUUCUCUCAUAUUCAAGAAAAAUGUCCUUUAAACCAACCAAAGGUCUUCUGGUUAAUGACUGGAAACGAGAUGUCAUUUACCUUGUCCAGUUCCCACGUACCCAUCUUAUUCCAAGUCCAUCACCUUUUGCACUUAAAUUGGAGACGUGGAUUAGAAUGAAUGGGCUUACUUAUAGAAAUGUAAGCAAUGAACUAACAAAAGGAUCAGCCAAAUGCCAAAUCCCUUUUAUUGAAUUAAAUGGAAAGCAAUAUGCAGAUACUAAGGAAAUAAUUGAACACUUAAAAAAUUAUUUCAAACUUUCAAUGGAUUCAAAUUUAAACAACGUGGAAAGAGCACAUUCAAGAGCUUAUACUAUACUUAUUGAGGAGUCGUUAUUUCGUAAGAUUCGUACCAUAAUACAAAGCUGUUCAGCUAUCAAGCCUCCAACGGCUUCUAUAAAUUUCUCAUAACCUUUGCUUCUUAUUCUUUCUAUACGGAUAGGUAUUAGGGUUUCACCAUAACCGAAAUUCUGACAGGAACCGGAACAGGGUCCUAUUGGAUACAGAAAUACGGAUAUGUGAGG